AUGGGGACUGGGAGCCACUGCCUUGCUCUGCUCCUGCUCUUUCUCCCCGCAGAGUGCCUGGGAGCAGAGGGCAGACUGGCUCACAAGCUGUUUCGUGAUCUGUUUGCCAACUACACAAGUGCCUUGAGACCCGUGGCAGACACAGACCAGACUCUGAAUGUGACCCUGGAGGUGACACUGUCUCAGAUCAUUGAUAUGGAUGAACGGAACCAGGUGCUGACCUUGUACCUGUGGAUCCGGCAGGAGUGGACAGACGCCUACCUACACUGGGACCCCAAAGCCUAUGGUGACUUGGAUGCCAUCCGCAUUCCCAGCAGUCUCGUGUGGCGACCAGACAUUGUACUCUACAACAAGGCGGAUACCCAGGCACCAGCCUCAGCCAGCACCAAUGUGGUUGUGCGGCACGACGGCGCCGUGCGCUGGGAUGCACCGGCCAUCACACGCAGCUCGUGCCGUGUGGACGUGUCUGCCUUCCCAUUUGACGCGCAACGCUGCGGCCUGACCUUCGGCUCAUGGACGCACGGCGGGCACCAGCUGGACGUAAGACCUCGGGGCACCUCCGCCAGUUUGGCGGACUUCGUGGAGAACGUUGAGUGGCGUGUGCUGGGCAUGCCCGCGCGCAGGCGGGUGCUCACCUAUGGCUGCUGCUCUGAGCCCUACCCAGACGUUACCUUCACGCUGCUGCUGCGCCGCCGCGCCGCCGCCUACGUGUGCAACUUGCUGCUGCCCUGUGUGUUCAUCUCCCUGCUGGCGCCACUGGCCUUCCACCUGCCUGCUGACUCCGGGGAGAAAGUGUCUCUGGGCGUCACCGUGCUCCUGGCACUCACCGUCUUCCAGCUGAUCCUGGCCGAGAGCAUGCCGCCUGCAGAGAGCGUGCCGCUCAUCGGAAAGUACUACAUGGCCACUAUGACCAUGGUCACAUUCUCCACAGCACUCACAAUCCUCAUGAUGAAUCUGCAUUACUGUGGCCCUAGUGCACAUCCAGUGCCUGCCUGGGCUCGGGUCCUCCUGUUGGGACACCUAGCCAAAGGCCUGUGUGUGCGGGAGCGAGGGGAGCCCUGUGGGCAGUCCAGACCACUAGAGUUGGCGGCCCCCAGCCUCCAGCCUCCAGCCGGUCCCCCAGCGGGCCCUUGUCAUGAGCCACGGUGUCUGUGCCGCCAAGAAGCCCUUCUGCAUCACGUAGCUUCCAUUGCCAGCACCUUCCGCAGCCACCGGGCUGCCCAGCGCCGCCGUGAAGACUGGAAGCGCCUGGCUCGAGUGAUGGAUCGCUUUUUCCUAGGCAUCUUCUUCUGCAUGGCUCUGGUCAUGAGCCUCCUGGUACUGGUGCAAGCCCUGUGAAGGCCAGGAACUGGAUC